UGCUGAGGGAGGCGGAUGGGACGGCUGCAUCUGCCCCCAGCUCCACAGAGCUGCUUUGCUGCGGGGUUUGGCUGCGAUUCGGACCCUCUAAGAACGAUCCCUCAUUCACAGAUGCACUCCAUAUUGGGCUGCAACCACCCCACUUUCGCCCUCCCCUGGAGGACCCUCCUGCCUUAUCUCGUGGCUCUGCACCUCCUGCAUCUGGGAUCAGCCCAGUUCAAUGUGGUGGCACCGAGCCUCCAUGUCACUGCCAUCGUGGGACAGGAUGUCGUGCUGCGCUGCCAGCUGUCCCCGUGCAAGGAUGCUUGGAGAUCUGACAUCAGAUGGAUCCAGCAACGGUCCUCUGGUUUUGUGCACCACUACCGAGAUGGAGAGGAUCUGGAGCAGAUGGCGGAAUAUAAAGGGAGGACAGAACUGCUCAGGAAUGGUCUCUCUGAUGGAAACCUGGAUCUGCGCAUCUCUGCUGUGAGAUCCUCUGAUAGUGGCCCGUACAGCUGUGUUGUGCAAGAUGGUGAUAACCGUGGAGAAGCUGUGGUAAACCUGGAGGUGUCAGAUCCUUUUUAUCAGAUCAUCCUUUCCUGGACAGUGGCUCUAGCUGUGGUCAUCGCACUUCUGUUUGGGUCACUUGUCAUCAUUGCUCUUCUCUACAGAAAUCAAGUGGCACAGAACAGAGAGCUGAAGGUAAAAGAUGCAGAGCUGGUGGAACUAACAGCAAUAUUGGAGCGAAGGGAUGCAAUGUUGGAGAAACAAGUUGUAAAACUGGAGGAAAAAACAGACGAAGUGGCGAAUUGGAAUUCUGUGCUGAAGAAAGACUGUGAAGAGAUGGAUUAUAAUGUCGCAGAUCUGAAGAAACUAGCUACAAGACUGGAGAAACACUGUGAUGAGAUGGGGACAAGGGAUGCAAAGUUGGAGAAACUAACUGCAAAAGUGGGGCAGCAAGCUAAAGAAUUGGAGAAACAGAAUUCACAGUUCCAGAGACACUUUCAGAAUAUGCAUUUUAUUGCUACAAAACAGAGGAACUUGGUUACAAAAUUGGAGGAACACUGUGAACAGACAGAGAGAAGGAAUGCAAAGUUCAAGUUACAAGCUGUAAAACUGGGGCAACCAGCUAAAGUCUCAGAGAAUCGGAAUUUAGAGCUGAAGGAGAUCGGAGAACAGAUGGCACAACGAACUGAAGCAGCGGUGGUAGAUAUUGAAGAACCAGAAGAAUCAUCUGAAGAAUCAGAUUGAGAGAUGAACUGCGCCUUGCAGUAACCACAGGAGUUAAGCUUCACAGACUGCUGACUGCACAAGAGACCAAAACCAUGAUAACUCCAAGCGAGCAAGGAAACCCACACUGAACGAAGUGGAGCCAGAGUUCGUUCUGAGUGAGAACACAACAGUUCUGUGAGCCAAAUUUGCAUGGGAUACCACCAAACUCAGGAUGUGUGACCUCCAACUCAAA